AUGCUCACUGCGCAUGCGCGGCUCAGGGACACAGCGGAUCAUGGAAAGAGCCGAAGAUGUCGGCUCGGUCAUGUGAUCAGCUGUGUCCAAUCACAGCUGAUCACAUAAGUGCCACCUGUCAGUGCCCAUCAGUGCCACGUGCCAGUGCCCAUCAGUGCCACGUGCCAGUGCCCAUCAGUGCCACAUCAAUGCCACAUAUCAGUGCAUACCAGUGCACAUCAAUGCCACAUAUCAGUGCCUAUCUGAGUGUCUUUCAGUGUCACCCAUCAGUGCCAGUCAGUGCCACCUAUCAAUGCCAAUCAGUGCCACCUAUCAGUGCUGCCAAUCAGUGCCACCUAUCAGUGCCAGUCAGCAUUGCCUGUCAGUGCGCAUCAGUGCCAGUCAGUGCCACCUAUCAGUGCCAGUCAGUGCUGCCUAUUAGUGCCAGUCAGUGCCGCCUAACAGUG